ACAAUGGCUGCGCUGCCGCGGCUGCUCUGCGCGUCCCUGCUCGCCCUGCUGCUCUGGGCUGGACUUUGUUCCUCUGUGUGUGUGGAAGUCCCAUCUGAGACAGAGGCUGUCCAAGGGACGGACAUGAAGCUGCUCUGCAUCUCCUGCAUGAAGAGGGAAGAGGUGACAGCCAGCACGGUGGUGGAAUGGUUCUACAAGCCCGAGGGGGGAAAGGAUGAGCCUAUCUACGAGCACAGGAAAUCAAUCCACGAGUUUCCAAGCCGCUUCAGUGGGCGGAUACAAUGGAAUGGGAGCAAAGACAUGCAGGACGUGUCCAUCACCGUGCUGAACGUGACCCUGAACGACUCGGGCAUCUACACCUGCAACAUCACCCGCGAGUUCGAGUUCGAGAUCCACCGGCCCCUCUUCCAGAGCUCCAGGAAGAUCCAUCUCACCGUGGUGGAGGAGGCUGGAGAAGACUUCACCUCGGUCAUCUCAGAAAUUAUGAUGUAUAUUCUGCUGGUCUUCCUCACACUCUGGCUGCUGAUUGAAAUGGUCUAUUGCUACAGGAAGGUCUCCAAGGCAGAGGAAGCUGCGCAGGAAAAUGCGACAGACUACCUUGCGAUUCCGUCGGAAAACAAGGAGAACUGUGCUGUGCCUGUGGAGGAGUAG